ACGCCAGUUCCAUCCAAUUUCCCAAAAACAAGACAGAAAUCAGUUUCUAUUCCAACAGAGCGAAUUUGGGAACUUAUCCGUCCGGCGGACACCUCCUUUGGCCUCCGACGAUGUCCAUAGAAAUUUUCGCCAAGAUGUGAGCUGCGUUGUUCUUCUCCCUACGGGCGUGGGUAAUUGCAACGCCAUUCUUCUCUUCCACCAUCCAAUAAAUCUCAGUUAGCAUCAGUGUUGAUUUUCCAGCAAUUCGGGGGCGGAGGACUCCAACUUCUGUCUCUUUCCUCAUUCGAUCGAGUGCGAAUCAGGUCUGGUCAGCUGGAGCUUCCCAUCUGAAAAUUGCUCUGUUUCUGUGCUCCCAUAUCUGCCUUGCUAUUAUCAUUCCAAUUACUUUUAGCUGCGAGAGUGAGCAUUCGAGCGAUCRGGAGCCUCUCUGCCUUCCGUUUCAAAAUCUUUGUCCAUUUUGUCUUCUGGGUGUGUUUCUUGAGCUUCAUUUGAGCAACCUUCCUAUUAUUUUAUGGUAACAUUUCUCUCUAUCUUUUUUCUGGUAGUUAAUCACAUGGGAAUCUUUUAUAGUACUUCGUCUUUCUUCCACUGGUUUGAUUGUAGAUUUUUGCUUGUUUUGUUGCCUGAUUCAAUGGGGCGAGGAUCUAAAGUCAGUAAAGAGAAUUUUUCAUGAGUUUUUCUUCAAUGGAGCUAAUUGGUUUCUGACCUCGGCUGGUUAAAGAAGCUCAAGAAAUGAUCUCUCUCAAGGACUUGGUGCCAGCAGCCCAGAACAAUGUGAAUGCACAGUUCAUAGUUUUGGACAAAGGGAAGACAACAGCAGAAGGCCAAAACAAGGCAUGCCUAUCACUGGUGGCUGACGAAACGGCUGCUGUUCACUUCCAGCUAUGGGGGGAUGAGUGCGACGCGGUUGAGCCAAGCGAUAUUAUCCGCUUGACGAAUGGGAUAUUCUCCUACAGCCGAAACAACCUGGUGCUGCGGGCAGGGAAGAGAGGGAAGAUAGAGAAGGUGGGAGAGUUCAACAUGGUGUUUGUAGAGACACCGAAUAUGAGCGAGAUCCGCUGGGUUCCCGACACGAUCGACUCGAAGAAGUAUGUGAAGGAAUCUGUUCUAUCUCCCUAUUCCCGUAUCUUUCCACCAAACAAUUGAUAUGCCUAUUGCUAGGAACCAUUACUUCGGCAUMGAGUUCAUUGAUUUUGAGAUUCUUGCCGAUUGGAUGCAAUGCCAAAGGCAAAACACAUUGUGAAAUGUGAACUUMGGCUUAUGAAAUCCAAUUUUUUUUUUGUUACUUUCAUAUGAAUUUUACAAAUCAUAAUCUUAUGAAUCAAGUUAUAGGUUACAUUUCUUUCUUU